AUGGCUCCUCCACCAGCUAUCGCACCACCGCCCAGAGCACAUGUAUCCACCAGGGCAGCUACACCAACUGGUCGACCUCAUUUCUCUCCACCCCCACAACAAGCGCCUUCUCCUCAACUUGAUCGACAAGAAAGCUUCUACCGCGAUAAUGACAAGCAACACACGUCUCCAGAUCCAAAUCGCGCAGUCUCUCCUGCUUUCUCGGAAGCACAGACUCUGGUACGGGCGAAUAGUUCAGCUACCCGGGUACGCAGUUUCUCGCCGGUAGAGGAGAUACCAAUGCGGUCAAUGUUUCCAAUCUACGACCCUACUGUCCCUCUUUCGCGCCAGCCAUAUCAACCUACACAAGCAUCACCAACUCAGCUACCGCGGGCACAAAUCAGCCGCUCGCCAUACUCCGAGUCAUAUGUGCCACACAACAACGUCCGAUUGACUACCUCGUCCGCUCCUCCACCAGCGAAACCCUUCUUUACGCCAUCAAGUCUUUUGGACAACCUCUGGUUAGCUACAAAUGGUCAAGAAGAGCCUGAAGUGCAGCUCUACACGUUAAGGAUGCAUCGCGCAACAGCAGCCAAUCCUACCAUCACGUUUGGUACUACACCCUCGCUGCCAUUCUACUCCAUGGCACAGUCGAAUCUUGCAGGCGACUACGAGAUUCCUAGCAUAAUGAAUGAGCUUCUUAUUCAGCGACACCACCCCACUCAACCGCGAGUACUACCCAUCGCUCAGCUGGAUCUUAUCGCUCCUCCUUCCCUCGACACUGGAUCCUUUAAUCCUGCACAGCAAAACGAGACAACCCUCCUUACCACCAUAUACCCAAAGCUUGCCGCGCUUCAGGCACUUGAUGCAGCGGCCAACUCUCCCGCCGCCUCGCGUCUAGCCUUGUCGGAUCCCGGCGCGCAGUCACCAGCUGCACAACGACUUGCCGAAGAUGUCCUAGCAGGAACCGCGCAACGCGAAUGCUGUGCUCUGGCCUGGACUCAGGAUAACCCCCAACAACAAGCGAAUCCAUGGGCGGCGCACCUGCCUUCGGAGGGGUCAUACCAAUUACACCACCCCACUCUCGGUAACUUUCCCAUCUCCCUCGAAGGCGACUGCUCCGUCAUCAACCAGCCGUCCACACGGCCCGUGACGGCGUUUUACGGCCACAACAUGCCGCUUACAGCACAAGCCACGGGUCGCAAACCUGCGUGUAUCACGGUGCUAAACCCAUAUGUUCUCUCGCCCACUACACCUAGGACUAAUGCUUUUUCACCGCUGCCGCCCCCGCCACGCCUCGAUGGUACAAAUCGUCCCACGUCCAUGACGCCCUCUGAGAUGUCCGUCACUCAACUGCCCACCAACCCCGACGCCAUCGCCGACGACGCGAUGCUCGCCCGCCUCGACUUUACCAAUGACGCUCUCACGCUCAACCUUGGCGCUUUAACUCGUUUCGGCAAUCCGUUUCUCGUCGACGUGGUUGCUUCGGCCUUGCUUGCUGUCGCUAUUGCUGAAGCUACACGUGGGCGUAAGGCCCGCAACAACCAGGAGACUUUUGAAGCGCCACCGCCUAGUUUCACACUCACCCACCAAAAAGAAGACACAGCGAAGGCGUUUAAAGAUUCCUUCGUCGAGGGCUUCCACGGUGGUGGUGGGAAACCCGUCAGACCACCGCUUUCGAGCAAGGGGCUGCGGAAAUUCGCGAAUAGCUUUCGUAGUACGACGACCACGACCACAACGCCAACAACGCGGGGCAGUGAAUCCACAAGUCGCAAACCCAGUUUCGAUAAAGAUAUCGAGCUUGGCUUUUAG